CCAUGUUCAAACUGGUGAGCUUGGCACUGACCCUUGUGGCUCUUGCCUCCGCACAAGAUAGCACUACAUCAUGGCAAACAGGAGCAACACAAGGACCAACACCAUCAACACCACCACCAACUCCAGGGGGCUCAAAUGUCGACCGUGAAUGCGGUGGAGACUUGACCAACCUUUGGCUUGAUGUUGUCGUCGUCGUCGACAACUCCAAGGGUAUGACCAAUGAAGGAAUCACCGAAAUCGCCGCCAACAUCGUCACCGUCUUCGGAAACGGAACCAGAAUCGGAAACCAGUACUCCGACCCAAGAUCCACCAGACUCGGACUUGUCACCUAUAACGGAAGAUCCACUAUCGUCGCUGACUUGAACCUCCUUCAAUCGAUCGACGACCUCUACCAAUCGGUUUUCUCUACUCUCAACCAGGUCAGCAACUCCGACGACUCUUUCCUGGCUAAAGGAAUCGGUGCCGCAGAGAAUGUGCUCCAAUCCGGAAGAACCAAUGGAGUUCGAUCGAACUACAAGAGACUCGUCGUUGUCUACGCUUCAGCUUACAAGGGAGAAGGCGAGCUCGACCCCAUUCCAGUCGCCGAUCGUCUCAAGUCCUCCGGAGUCGUUGUCUCCACCGUUGCCUUCGACCAGGACGGAGAUGAGGCUCUUCUCGCCGGACUCACCAACAUCGCCUCGCCAAACUACGCUUUCACCUCCAAGGACUUGAACUUGGUUGGAGAACUUCAAGGAGCUGCUCUUCAAACCAACUGCUUCUGCCCGAACUUGUGGACCCAAUACAAGUCGAACUUCGACGACGAGAACUCUUACAAAUACGGAGUGUGCAUCCGCCCCGCCACCAUCUCCUCAUCCUGGACCGCUGCCAAGUUCGCGUGCCAGAACCUCGCCAAGAACGGAUUCCUCGCCGCCGAGUACGACGGACAGAAGCACAACUUCCUCUUCAGAGUCGCCCAGAACAACACCGCCUUCCAAGCUCCAUACAUCUAUCACAUCGGAUUGAGUUAUGUGAACGGAGGAUGGAAUUGGCAGCAACCAGCUGGAUACCCACUCAAGCCAAUGAGCGGCUACUCCAAAUGGAACCCAUCCUAUCCAAAGUCCUUCACCAGCAACAUCGGAGUCGUUGAGCAGCAAUUCAGCUCGGAUCUCACUGUUGGAUGGCAGAACAUCAACGCAUACAGUGUUGCUGAGUACUACAUGUGCGAAGUCGCUUCCUGUGAUACCGACAAGUAUUGUUAAUUUAGCUACACUAAUUUUUUUUGUAAGGUUCCUGUUGCGGUAUAAAGGCUUUAAUGAUG